AAUUGCUCUUGACUUCAUAUAUAUACUCCACUUAAUACUACUUUCACAAUUUUACAUCUGAGCCAUUGUUCUUUAUCAUUGGUGAUUAUAAGGGUGGGGAGAAAGUGACGGAGGAAAAUGAACCGGUGAAGGUGGAAAGGGCACCGGUGAACAAAGAGCAACUGGAGGCCCAUAUUGUGGCCCAGGCCAUCACUGAACUACAAGAGAUACAGGCUCCCACAUCACAGGUGAUCGAAUCUGAGCCACUGUCGAAGCUGCUGUCAUCACUAUCAGGUGCGGGGGAAUCAUGUAUGGUCGAAGGAGAACUAACUGAAUCAGCACAGCAUGUCAUAUACUAUAUAGAAGAUGGCUCGGGAGACAUUUCAAGGAGUGAUGGCAAGGUGCUUGUGGACUCGUCCGUACAGGCCAACGAUUAUGAGAUUGAAAGACGUUCUGGCCGUCUGCCUGCCAGGAAGAGACUUAUCCCGGCAAAAUUCAGGGAUUACAAGAAUGCGUCAGAUCCUGAUUCCAGUGACACAGAUUUUGACCCCCACGAGUACACAGCCAGGGUGAAAAGGCCAUCAUUGCGCAGGGCACCGACCACAAAACAAACUGACCCAUUCAAGACUGGCUCUGGGAAGAAAACUACAUCAAAGUCUACAAUGGUCCAGAGUACUGCCGACACAGAGGAAUACUCCUACGACCACUCCGAGACGAGCCACACUCUCGAUACACUCAUAGAGGAAAAAUACCAGCUUGCUCUGAAACUGGCACGAGAGAAGGCUCAACUAAAAAAUAUUCCCCAGUCAAAGUCUGUUGAUGGAAUGAGAUUGGAGACAGAUGAUAGUUUUGAUGGUGAAAGAGGGCAGAAUGUGACAGAUGACGGGAUGGAGGGACAACCUGAAGGGGAAACUGCCUCGCAGCCAGAUAAAGAGGUGUCAUCCCAGGAUAGUACACCAGCGCAGCAAUCUGUUUAUGUGAAAGAGGAGAUAAGAGACAUGGCUGAGGCCACAAUGAUAAGGAGGGGAAGGGGUCGACCACGAGGCCAGGAUUGGGGGACAGACUUCCCCUGCCCAGACUGUGGCAAGGUCUUUAAGGUCAAAGGUAAUCUGCGUAUCCAUUUGAAGACGCAUCUGGAUUUGAAGCUUUUCUCCUGCAGCCAGGAGGGCUGUGAAAAGACGUACAGUACGAACGAGGGACUCAAACGACACCUGCUUACACACCAGGGUAUCAAGCCGUUCCAGUGUGAUGUAUGCCAGCAGUAUUUCUCCAGCAGUGUUGCUUUGACAGAGCACCGGACGCUCCACUUUGACGAGAAGAUGCAUCAGUGCCCAAGCUGUGAGCGCCGGUUCCGACAUGUGUCGAGUUUCCGCCGUCACCUGACCACCCACACAUCUGCCAUGCCGUACAUCUGCACCGUCUGUAACCGCCAGUUUGCCCAACCCUCCUACCUCCGAUCACAUAUGAGAACUCAUACAGGUGAAAAGCCAUUCAAGUGUCCAAUAUGUGGGAAAAUGUUUGCUCACCAGUCAGAUGUCAAACGUCACCGCACUACACACACAGGUGAGAAGCCGUACCAAUGUUCCAAGUGUAUAGCCAGAUUUAGCGAUGUGUCCAGUAAAAAUCGUCAUGAGAAGGAACAUGAGAACAACAAAAGGUUCACGUGCAAUCUAUGUAAUGACACAUUCAAGCGCACGGGGCAGCUGCGCUCCCACAUAAACAAUAAGCACCAUGCCAUUGUAGGAGGGGGAGUACCCAUUAAAGUAGAUCGUAACCCUACGACAGGGGAAACCGUGCUCAGGCUGGAAAACGGGUCAGAUAUUGCUCGGGAAAUCUACUCUGGUGACCAACAACAGAGGAUUGUGUCAUUGAUAAAGAGUCUUCAAACCAAGACGGGCUCCAAUACGCAGACAUUUGUUGAUGGAGAUAACAUUUUUGAGAUAACUCAACCAGGUAACCAAUCAGCAAGUGGUCAGGUGACUGAUAUUAGCCAAUUAGGAAAGGAGGAAGAUUCCACUAACUUGGAGGGGGAUGUUCCCAUUGAGUUACAGGGAGUGGAGAUACCUGCUGGUGAAAAUGGACCCACCUACAUCGCAAUAAUGAAUGACACUGAUAGUGAUUCCAACAAGCUAACAUUGGUUCCUAACAUGAACUAUCAUGUGAUCUACGAGACUGAUGAGGCUGGUGGGGAACGACAGUUGCUGGUUCCCUUCAUGGAGGAUGGCACGCCAGUGGGAACCGAAAAUCUUGAACUUGAAUACGACCCCACGGCAAUACCAGUCAAUGAGACAGCUGAAGCUUCUAGAGCGAUAGCAAUGGAGCCAGUUCCUGAGACAGAUGAAGAGGUAACCCAUCCAGUUGUGGAAAAUGACGGCAAUAUGAUUAACCACGAGGAACGUAUGGAGUGUGACACUGUUGUGACAGCUGAAGACACAACCAAACAAUCAGAUAAUGUACAAGGUUUAGUGGAUAGUUACAAAGACAACACUGUGCAUUCAGUGGCUAUGACCGAACUAGAAAAUAGCUUUAUCAACGCAGAUUCUCACCCUGAGAUGUGUGUCGAUGAUACAUCGAGCCAGCCUGAAGAAGCAGGUGAUGUUAAAAGUAACAAUCAAGCUGACCUCACAGAGGGGCCAGGCCUUGAGUUCAUCAACAAUCCCGACUUUGCUAAUCAGGAGUACUAUGAUUGGCUCACAAACUUCACCGAAUGGUGCAAACUAGUUUCCAUGCCCUUAGACACCUCGUUGUUUCAGAAAAUCUCGCAGGUGCACAAAACUGUGUCGGAUGUAAUGGCCUCACCUUCUGGAGUUGUGGCCGAGAAGCAGAACUUUAUUGUGCUGAUGACGAUCACGAAAGAGCUGAGUAGUAUCGUGAAUGAGCACCUUUUGUGUGUUAUGCAGAGUCUGGAUGAGAAGGCUGACACGGUGUAGACAGGUAGACGUCUCUCUCCCUCCUGUACAGGUGUUGUAAAUGGCAAUGCUAGGGUAUGCCAGUGCACUGUGGUAUGUUUGUAUUUACAUAUGACAUGUAUGGGCCUUACACCAAGAAAAAAUAGUGAAAAUGUAAGUUAUUUGUAUUGUGUUUAUCAAAAAUAUGUUUGGAAUGAAUAUAUGUUAAUAAGGGCUAUUCCAGUAAAACAUAUCACCCCCAGUUAGUGUCUUUAUUUGUAAAUUUGGACCCCACAAGGGUAAAUUUGCUUCUGUAGGGUGGUGGCAUAAUUUAAAAGUGCCUUCCCCCCCAGGGGAUUAUAUGUUUAAAUGGAAUAGCCCUAACAUUGAAAGUAUCCAUGACCUUGAGAUCAUGCAUAAUCAAGCAGGGCAACCAUGUUAUUUCUAUUACAGAAAUUUUCAAAUUAAAGUUCUUGCUCAUUAAGGCUGCACUUUCAGAUUGACAAUUUUGACAUGUUUUUGUCUUAAAAUCAGUCGAUUUUGAGUUCAAUGCCCUCAACUCAGUCCUAUAAGAAUACAUUAGAACACAUCCCAGUCUUUGUAAAAGUGACAAUAAUGUUUGAGAAAAUGCCAAACAUUUCAUUUGUCUUAAAGUGUUAGUAAUUUUUUAGCCAUAAAACAUCAAAUAUCGAACCGAUAUGUGAAAAACUGUGACAUGAUCUUGCGCCAUCAGUCUUUUUUCACUGGUUUCAAGACAUUUAUCCAUAAAUUGGCACAAUCCUAAGGCCUAAAAAACAACAUUUGGUUCGGGUUACCCGACCCUACCUUCCGAAUAGGCGCCAACCCUACCAUUUUUAUGGUCAGUUUGAAAAAAAAAUGAAAAACUAAAAAAAAAAAAAAAAAAAUAUUUUUUUUUCGUUUUUUUUUUAAUUGCUUUUCAAUAUGUAGUUUAAACCUUAAAUGCUUAUACAGAAGAUAGCUUUAACACCAUUCUCCAAUGAUGAAAAUGAUAUUCUUAUAUAAAGCCUAAUAAAAAAAAAAAAAAUAAAAAAAAAAAGCCUACCUACCCUACCUAUUUUUGAGAAGGAUGUAACCCUAACCAAACAAUUUUUUUUUUUAGGCCUAAG